UCGAAAUCUGUUGUGGGUUUGGACGAUCUCACGGACCCAACCCGUUACCUGCCUUCGGAAACCUAAUCGCGGCGACGGCGUCUUCCUCCGAGAGGCUCUUCCUCUCUCUCUCUCUCUCUCUCUCUCUCUCUCUCCUCCUUCAGUGUCGCCCCCUCACGCAGCCUCCGGCCAGCGGCUUCCGUGCGCAAGGCAGACCUCCAUGGUGUCUUCUUCUCACGAUGUAUGCAAGAGUCUGAGGACCUGAGAUCAGCAUAGGUCUUUCAAUCCUUGCAGAUCUGAGAAUAAUAUAUGGUCGAUAUUGUUGAUCAUUAUAUUUGUUUUCUAUUUCAACUGAAGAUACACCAUAUGAGACUGCAGAGGAGCCUCGGGGCCUGUAAGUUUGGAAUUAUUAAUUAUUUCGAUGCACUUAAGCUCCAAGAAAGGCUUGCUUCUGAUAGAAAAUCCGGUAAAAUUCUGGAUACUAUCCUAUCCCUUCAGCAUCCACCAACAUAUACACUUGGAAAAAGGCGAACAGAUCAUAACUUAUUGGUGUCUGAGGCUGAUCUUAAAACCAUGGGUGCUGAGCUUCACUACACAGAAAGAGGUGGUGACAUCACAUUUCACGGACCAAGGCAAGCUAUUCUUUAUCCCAUUGUUUCUCUGAGAGAUAUCGGAUGUGGUGCAAGGAAUUAUGUUGAAGGGCUGGAGUCAGUGAUGAUAGAAGUAGCUUCCUUCUAUGGUGUCAACGCCCAUGCGGGGAAAACAGGUGAGACAGGGGUGUGGGUUGGUGACCGAAAAAUUGGUGCAAUUGGUGUUCGAAUAAGUUCAGGCAUCACUUCACAUGGAUUGGCCUUCAAUAUUGAUCCUGAUCUGAGCUACUUCAAGCAUAUUGUGCCUUGUGGAAUUCCGGACAAAGGUGUUACAUCCUUAAAAAGAGAGACAGAGAUGGAACUACCACCUGAUGAAGUGAUCCAUGAGCAGCUGAUUCACUGCUUUGCGAAGGUAUUUAGAUUCAGUGACAUCCAAUGGAAAACACAAUGAUGAGCUCAAGUGGCGGUUACAUAAUUCAUGGCAAUGAUAACUUGAAUGGUGCAUAAAUUCAUCGACUUCUAACCUGUUCAUUGAAGUGUUUUUUAUGUGAGCCUUCUCAAUAAUGGAAGUGGGUUUUAUUGUGUCGGGUGGAUCAUUGAAAAUUAGGUUGCUGAAAUGUUCCAUUUCCCAUCCUUUGUGAUCUGUGUGAAGAAGAAGAAAUUUUCAUUUGAUGGA